AUGUCUUCCAUUCGCGGUUCUUCUUACUCAGUAGAAGAAGAUGUGCACUUGUGUCGUGUCUAUGUUGACAUUUCUCAAGAUCCAAUCAUAGGAAGAAACCAAACAGGUAAUAAUUUUUGGGCAAUAGUUGAAUCAGAGUACCACAAAGAUAGAAAAUUUAGUAAUAAACCUCGACCAGUAAGAUCUUUGCAAACUCAAAUAUCUACUUUGAAUAGUGAAGUUGCAAAAUUAAGGGGAUGUAUCAACCAAAUUGAAAAUAAAAAUCUAAGUGGUGCUUUAGCAGAAGACAGUUUAUUCAAGCGAAGAUGUGAUAAGCCUAAGAUAAAAAAAUUCCAACACGAAGGUCCUAGUUUCACUUCAUCCAAAUCAUCGUCUCACAAUUUUGAGUCUCCUACAUCGGCAUCCACUGGUAUGAAUUCAUUUGAUCUAAACAUGAAUAAUGAGGAAAUGAAUACUUAUCCAACAGAAAGACCAUGUGGUGUGAAAAAAGUAAAGGAAAACAAUUAG